AACACAACAAGCAUCUGUCGUUACUUCGCCAAGUGCUCCUGCGAUCUCUUUAGAAGUUCGUCUGCUCGUCAGUCUCUCCAGCUGCAUUCGGCUUUCUCUCCAGCGUCGCCAUGAAGCCCGUAAUUCUUGGUCUCUUGAUGGUUCUCUUCGCCGCCGCAUACCUGGCACAGGACAUUAAUGAACAAAGUCAAGGCUGCACUGACGAAGAAGGAUGUGUCGAAGCUGCACAAGGCGCAGGAGAGCCACUGCACCGCGUUGCGAGACAGACACACGUGUGCGUCAAAACGCCAAAUAAAUGUUUGAAGAACAAUGGCGUGUGUAUCAACCUCGUGGACGAUUGUGCUGGGAAAAAGAAUGACACCCUCUGCAACAAUGACCAAUGCACCUGUUGCCAGAAACACGUGUGCCUAAAUACGCCCAAGAAGUGUUCCAGUAAUAAUGGCGUGUGCAUCAACCUCAUGGACGAUUGUGCUGGAAAAAAGAAUGACACCCUCUGCAACAAUGACAACUGCACCUGUUGCCAGAAACACGUGUGCCUAAAUACGCCCAAGAAAUGUUCUGAGAAGAAUGGCACAUGUAUAAACCUCAUGGACGAUUGUGCUGGUACAAAGAAUGACACCCUCUGCAACAACGGACACUGCACGUGUUGCAUUCCAGCCUAAGAAGCUUUCACUCUUUCGAAGCAUUCCACUUCUGUGUCUCUCCAGAUCUGUAGAUUUCAGAACCAUAAAUAAAAUUCAGGAUACUUCCAUAAAC